UCCCAGACACUCUUGACAGGGGCCCAGUUAUUACUCCUAUUGCGUGUCUUGCUCCUAGAGAAGCGAAUCAGCGUCACCUUCACCGAGGUUCAGUUCUAAAGUUUCCACCCACCCGCCUGGAUGCAGAAUCUUCACAGAGCUGCAGAAUGGGGGUAGUGGCUCCCCUAGAGCUGUUCCUGCUGCUGUUGGGGACCCUGGCCCUGACGGACAUUUGGGCAGUUUCCCAGCCUACAGGCUCCCACUCCUUGAGGUAUUUCGACACCUCGGUGUCCCGGCCGGGUCACGGGAAGCCCCGCUUCAUCUCCGUGGGCUACGUGGACGACACGCAGUUCGUGCGCUUCGACAGCGACACCGAGAAUCCCAGGGAGGAGGCGCGGGCGCCAUGGAUGGAGCAAGAGGGAUCUGAGUUUUGGGACCAGAUCACACAGAUUUCCACGAGCAACGCACAUCAUCACCUAGUGUGCUUGAACAACCUGCGCGGGUACUACAACCAGAGCGAGGGCGGCUCUCACAUACUCCAGAGGAUUUGGGGCUGUGACGUGGGGCCAGACAGACGCUUCCUCCGUGGGUACAAGCAGUACGCCUAUGAUGGCAAGGAUUACAUCUCCCUGAAUGAGGACCUGAGCUCCUGGACCUCAGCGGACGCAGCUGCCCGAAACACCCAGCGGAAGUUGGAGGCAGCCGGUGACGCAGAGCACAGCAGGGCCUACCUGGAGGGUACCUGUGUGGAGGAGCUCCUCAGAUAUCUGGAGAACGGGAAGGAGGCAUUGCAGCGCUUAGACCCCCCAAAGACACAUCUGACUCACCACACUAGCCCUGACGGAGAUGUCACUCUGAAGUGCUGGGCCCUGGGAUUCUACCCUAAGGAGAUCACCCUGAACUGGCAACGAGAUGGGGAGGACCAGAUCCAGGACAUGGAACUUGUGGAGACCAGGCCUGCAGGGGAUGGAAACUUCCAGAAAUGGGCAGCUGUGGUGGUGUCUGCUGGAGAGGAGCAGAGAUACACAUGCCAUGUGCACCAUGAGGGGCUGCCUGAGCCCCUCAUCCUGAGAUGGGAGCCACCCUCUCAGCCCAUCAUGAGAAUUGUUGCUGGCCUGGUCCUCCUUGGAGCUGUUAUCACUGGAGCUGUGGUCCCUUUUGUCUUGUGGAAGAAGAAAAACACAGGAUGUUUUCUUCCCAAAGGAGUAAAAAAAAGGACCUAUGCUUCAGCUGCCUGUAAUGACAGUGCCCAGGACUCUGAUGUGUCUCUCACUGCUUAGACAGUGAGAGACAGCUGCCUCUGUGGGACUGAACAAUACAGGAUUUCUUCAGUUCUCUUCCUGCUUCCUACUGCAAUUUCAAGGGGUCCCAACUUUUCUUUGUGCAGCUGGAAUGUAACUGUCUAUGCGUCUGUAUUCCUGUGAUAAUAAUGUGAGAAAAUGGAGAGAGGAGAAUAUCCCACCAAGACCCCUCCCACACUAUUCUGUUCUCUUCCUCAAUCAACUUUCCUAUGGUGCAAAUUGGGGCUAAGAUGUCUCCAUUCCUGAUUUAGCCUUUUGUUGCCCUGAGCUGUAGCUGCUUCUUUCCCUAUUGAAAAAAAUGAAUCUGAAUAUUGAUUUCUAUUUCAAAUUUGUGCCAUGAAAUAUGGUCAAUGGGUUAAUUAAAUGGAAGGGAGUUUCCUAAAAUCAAUAGAGAAAAUAAAACCUGAAACCUUACAGAA